AGGAAAAAAAAAAAAAAAAAAAAAAAAAAAAAAAAGCACACCGAGAGAGGUUGAAAGGAGGGAGCUCGCGGAGACCCACCCUUCUCCUCCCUCCUCCUCCUCCUCCUCCUCCUCCGGGUUGCUGGCCGGGCUUUUGUUUUCCUCCAGCUCCCCGUUUCCCACACGUGAUUGCCGUGUUGUUGCACGGGGCGCUGCGCCGCGCGGCUGCACCCAUAAAUAGGGGCAGGGCAGGCGGCAGGGGCUCGGCACGGCCGGGCGGAGGGCAGCCCCGCGCGUUCCCAUCCAUGUGGCCCGACGGGGCGGCAGCCCCCCCGAUGGCACCCGUGUCCCGCCGCCCGCCCGCGCCUCGCUAGCCCGCCGGCCUGAAGGGCGGCAGAGAGAGAGGCGGCGGCCGGCGGGAGGAAAGCGGGGAGGGAAGGGGGCCGACAAUGGCGGCGGCCGCCGCCAGUCCGGGCAGCCCCGCGGCCGCCGGGCCCCUGCCGCCGCCAGAGUCGUGCCCCAGGAAAGGGCCGCCGCCGUUGCGCGGCGACCCCCGGCGCAGGCAGGCCGCGCUCUCCUUCCUCACCAGCAUCUCCCUCGACGGGCGGCCCCCGCCGCCGGGCGCCGACGGCUCCGCCGCCGCCUCCAGGCCCCGCCAGGCCCCGCCGCCGCGGCUCGGCAGCCCCCCGGCCGCGCCCGCCGACCCGCCCCGGCCUCGCGAGGAGGAGGAGGACGAGGAGGAGGACGCGUUCGCCGCCGUGCAGGUGCCGGCCGCCGCCUUCCUGGGCGCCGCGGGGCCGGCGGGGAGCCGCGGCCGCCUCAACUCCUUCACGGCCGGAGUGCUGCCCGCUCCCUUCGGUCGUGCCAGCCCCCAGGGCCCCGGCUGCUGCGAGCCGGGGCAGCCCGGCCCCGCCGCCGCCUUCGAGCUGCAGCGAUCCCGACGUCGGCUGAUCUCCCAGCGAUCUUCUCUGGAGACUUUGGAGGACAUAGAAGAAAAUGCCCCACUACGCAGAUGUCGGACUCUCUCAGGAUCACCCAGACCAAAGAACUUUAAGAAGGUUCAUUUUAUCAAGAACAUGCGGCAGCAUGACACCAGAAACGGCAGAAUAGUCCUUAUCAGCAGCAGAAGAUCCUUCUGUAGCAUAUUUUCAGUGCUGCCAUAUCGAGACUGUACCCAAGUCGGGGACAUGAAGUUGGAUGGUGGACGCCAGUGCCAUUCUACUGGAGUGUGUCUGAAAGAGAUCAUUGGUCUUGAAGGUGUGGAGCUCGGAGCAGACGGGAAGACUGUUUCGUAUACACAGUUCCUGUUUCCAACCAACGCUCUAGGAACUCGGAGGAACACAAUAGACUCCACCUCAUCCUUCUCCCAGUUUCGCAAUGCAAGCCAUCGUAGCCUUUCUUUGGCAAGAGCUAACAGCACCCAGGGCAGCAUCGAUGCAGGCAGUGACCUGGGAGACUAUGUUGAAUACGACCCAAAUCUUUUAGAUGAUCCCCAGUGGCCAUGUGGCAAACAUAAGCGGGUUUUAAUAUUUCCUUCAUAUAUGACCACAGUCAUAGACUACGUGAAGCCAUCAGAUCUCAAAAAGGACAUGAAUGAGACGUUUAAGGAAAAAUUCCCUCACAUCAAGUUAACCCUCAGUAAAAUAAGAAGCUUGAAGAGAGAAAUGCGCAAGCUUGCUCAAGAAGAAUGUGGUUUUGAAGAGCCCACAGUAGCCAUGGCCUUUGUCUACUUUGAGAAGCUCGCUCUCAAGGGGAAGCUGAACAAGCAGAAUAGAAAGCUUUGUGCUGGAGCCUGUGUUCUUUUAGCAGCCAAAAUUGGCAGUGACCUCAGAAAACAUGAAGUCAAGCAUCUUAUAGAUAAACUGGAAGAGAAGUUCCGGCUGAACAGGCGAGAGCUGAUUGCCUUUGAGUUCCCGGUGCUGGUGGCCUUGGAGUUUGCUCUCCACCUUCCUGAGCACGAAGUGAUGCCGCACUACAGACGCUUGAUCCAGAACUCCUAGCACUGGCUGCCCUGCUGGGAAGGGGCUCCGGACUGUUCCCACCCGGCUCUCUUGAGCUGCAUUACUACUGGAAAUGCAAAGUUACAGACUCCUAACACUUCACUCUCUCCCUCUCCGAACCAGUUUUUUCAACAACUGAUGGGAAACGCUGCGUUGACGUAAGACUCGGCUUUGACAAAUUUAGAUGUCGUUACUUUCUCAAAGCAGGUGGAGACUGAGAUGUUGGUACAUGGUUAAUGUGCUGAAACUGGAUGGCAACUGACCCUACCAGUGGGGACUGCGGACCUACAAGCUACCUGUCAUCAGUCAUACAAAAGCCUGAGGGGGCAGCCUCCAUUACCACCCCUCUCUCAAUCACACAAACCCUGAAAGCCCACUUGAGUGCAUUCUCAUAGUGCUUUUUCUACAAACCUGCUGCAACUCAUGAAAGGACUCCUUGUGAAAAAGCUUUUAAAGAGAAUAUCUUCACUGUGUCAAAAAGAAUGUGCCAAUCUAUUUUUGUAUCAGCAAUUGAAAGUGCACUUUUUCCUGUGGGGUGUUUGUGUGUAGAUGUGUGUGUGUGUGUGCGCGAUGCAGACCUGACCUGUGUCCAUGUGGGUGGCUUUGCUGUUUCAGCCUGUAUCAGUUACUGAGGGGGAAGAUCAAGGUGAUCUUACGUGUUUACUUCUUGAAAAACAUAACUACUGGAAAAGUGGUAAAUGGGAUCAUUUUUGGAUGCUCAUUUCAUUGUUUUCUAAUUCUCUGAUCUUUCCAACAUCUUACCUUUGAAAGGAUCACACUACUAUCAGGAGAGAAGGAUCAGCAGCUGACCAUAAGUUUUCAGUCAUGUUUGUGAUAGAAGUGAAAGCAUUAGUAUGAGAUUUCCAUGUCAUGUUUUUUAAAAAUAUCUUGUGUUAAGCCACAUGCUUAUUUUUAACCUUCGCACUUUUCCCACUGUGGAGAUGGUUAAGACUUGCACUCUGUAGUGUUGUAUUUCUGUGCUCUAUGUUAGAGUGCAUAAUAAGCACAUUUGUUGUGCUGUAUCUUAAAACAGUGUUUUAUUAAAAAAAAAAAAAAAAAAGUAGGGCUCAGCAGUAUAACAGGUGUGUUAAGGCUCCAACAGCAGGGGCAUCAGCUGUUGUUCAGGUUUUGUUUUUUAAUGAAAAUUGACUGUGCAAAACCUAUAAUCAGUGCCCAUUUAAGUUAAAGACCCUGUUCCUUCCAACAUUUCAGUAUUGGAGUUUAACAUGAAGCCUUCCUGCAACUCCCAUGGCUCUGACUGGAUGGAUGCCCAGUAGCUGCCGAGUGUCGCCUGCACUCCCUGAUGCUGCGUGGAUGCUGGGCUGUGCUCAUGGGCAUCACUCAGCCAGUGGCAUUCUGGGCAUCACACCCAUGUCCAAUCUCCUCCUGCGCAGGUUCACUUCCCAAGCCUUGCCCUCCACGUGCCCCACAAGAUCCUGUACAGUCAAAUCCUUACACUUUUGAUGUCUUUUAUAAAUAAAUCUCAGCCAUGAGAUUGUAGCUGAAGCCUUACCUCUGUAAGUUCGGGAGUGCUUGCUCAGAGUAUGGGAAGGGCUUGUGAGCAGAACGUCGAGAGGUGGGACAUGUCACAGGAUGUACACACACUAAUGCUUACUUUCUUUCACUCUUACUUUAACCGGUUUUAUUACUUCCUUUGGUUAGGCCAGAAAACAUCCAGUUUCUUUACCAGCUUUGACUCCUUUAAAUUCUAGUACAAAAAACACCUGCAUACGAUUGCUCUCUAGGAUCUGGAAAGGGUUUGGGAAAUGUGUCAGGACAAAUGGGAAUUCGUCUGAUGCUGUUGCUCUCCCUCCAUUUUAAGGGGGAGGGUCACUGUGCUGGCUUACAGUUAUUACUAAUACUUGUCUAAAUACUGAUUAGAUACAUUCCAGCAGGACUGGGGUUGGGUGAACAGAAAAAUGUGCGCUUCCCUCCCCAGCGCAGCCCCCCACUCCCACUGCCUCCCAGCCCCAGCAGCCCAGGAGGAGAAGGGCCGAGUGCCCACGGCAGCACAGCAGCUGUCUGCAGACCACUGCAGUCAGCAGAUCUGUCCUAGGGCCUUCCGUCCUCGGCUGUGGCCCUCCCCUCCAAAAUCAUGUAUAUACAUUGAAGAUUUGCUUCUGGUGGCAGAGAUCUGUUCCCAGCACUGACUGCUGAAAGCUAAGAGGAGGCUUUACCUUCUGCAAAGGUUCUGCCUUUUGCUUUUUAGUCUUGAUUUUUUUUUUUUUAAUGUUGCUUUAGAGUAUUGCAGGGAAAAAGCAAAUUGUGAUUGCAAGAUACAGACUAAAGAAUGGCAGUCUUACAGUAGUCUUCAGAGACGCUAUUGAAUCAUGCUGUCACAUUUUUUGUCUCCUGUGCUGCUACCCAAUCCCGAUCCACAGUUUACACAGAUUUCUGGGAGGAAAUCUGAUUGCUGGAGACUUUCUGCUUCUUGUUGUCAUUGUUUUCAUUGUUUUGGGGGUGGAAAAGGGUUUUGGAGUGAUGUUCAGUUACAGUUCCAAUGUGGAAUAAACACUUAAGAUGGUGGCAAUGUUGCACUGUUCACUUAGGAAUGUAUAUAAAGCCAUAUGAUGCUAGAUCUCAAAGCACAAAGCAUGGUCAGUACGAUGGUGGUUAGGACUACGGGCAGCGUGUACCCCCUUUUCUCCCCAGUCCUGGGAAAAUUCAGGCUGAAGUGACAGAGGAAAUCUGUACCAAACAACAAACAGAAGUUGAUUGUUUGCCUUUGUCUUACAUGGUAACAAGUGUUGAUUUACAAAUGAUUUUAGAUUCAACUUCAAGUAGUUCCGAAAAUCAUCCAUUCCAUAUCACCUGUUAUGUUUUGAAAUUACAUACCAGACACUCUACCAUGCAGAGUUUUUGCUUUUUCUAGAAAAAAUAAAUAAAAGUUAAAAAAAAUAAUUGAAAAACCCAGACUCUUUUCCACCAGUGACAGUAAGUAAAAUUAUUCCAUUCUCUCA